CACAUCCCCAGUAAGAAAGGUCUGGUGGCCUUUUUGGGAACUUAAAAUUUUUCUACAGUAGAAAAGAAAAUCGAUUUCUCUUUUCUUUUUAAAAUUAUUUUUGAUAAUACAAAUAUUAAAAUUCCAAUGUAAAAGUUUUAACACUUUUAGAAAGGGUAAAAGGCCCCCUAUAUGCCUAGGACCUAUAUGCCUUGCUUACGCUAGCUACGCCACUGGUUGUAACAUUUAUUGGAAAACAUAUACAGGAGCGUAAAACUAGUUAAAUGCAAGUGUGAAGUCUGCAAUAAGCCUUAGAAUCGCAAACACUUUACCUGAUCACAAGGGAAGCUGUUUCAUGAAAAAUCGGUACUUGACUUACAGAAACAUGACCACAAUACAAAUAAACAGUCGUAUAAUUUAUGAGGUAAAAUAGUAGUGACACGUGGUAUCAUUAUCAGGCCAUGUUUAUUUAGGUUACUGGAUAAAAACAGGUGAGAAAUUACAAGCGCGUGAAGAUCUAUAAAUAGAGCUAGAUACAUCAUAGCGUGUUAUUGAAAAACUCCUCUUGGGGUUCAAACUUGAUUUUACAGAUUCCCAGAACGUCAAAAUAACUGAUAUCUUUUUGUUGUGGAGCUGAGAAUGACCAUCACGUUUUUGUACACCUUGAGUUUAACGGUCGUGUUAGUUUUUGCAUGCAACCUUGAAAAACCACCCACUGGCGAAAAUAAUAGUUCAACAAGUGCAGCUUUAAAACCAUCAUGCCGUAAUACACCCGACACAUGCAGGGAUGUGGUCAGUUCUUCACCCAGACCAGUGUUCAUCAUGUCAAGUGGACUUGAGGUGAUGUGUGACACACAGACAGACGGGGGAGGAUGGACGGUGAUACAGAGAAGAUUCAACGGACAAACAGAUUUCUAUCGGGGGUGGGAGGACUACAAGUAUGGGUUUGGGGAUGUGGGUGUCGGAGAAUUUUGGCUGGGCAACGAGAACAUUUACCGUCUGACGUCACAAAGACGUUACGAGCUGAGGGUCGAUUUUAAAUUUAACAACACGGACUACUUCGCUAAAUAUUUAAGGUUUCGUGUGUACGGAGAGGUGGAAGGUUAUAGGUUAAAGGUCAGCGGUUACUCAGGCAACGCUGGGGAUGCUCUGAUAAAUGUACAAAACAACAUGAAAUUUAGCACUUUCGAUAGGGACAAUGAUGCAAAAAACGUAAACUGCGCCGAGGUUUUUCACGGCGCCUGGUGGUACAACAACUGUCACAUCUCUAAUCUGAACGGACUUUGGGGAAGCUCUGAAUUUGGCAAGGGUCUUAACUGGCAACCAACGACAACAUGGAACGCCACUGCUUCGUUCACUGAAAUGAAGAUGCGACCACUUAAAACAAUAAAAUAACAUAUUUUAUAUUAUAAAUGUAUAGAAAUAAUAAUAAUAAUAUAUUUCAAGUCCAAUACAAUAACAAUUACAAAUGUAUUAUUUGAAUAUCCUAAUACGUGUAACUGCUACUGACGGCUAGUAUUUCUAUAAACUAUAACGUAAAA